AUGGUCUUUGUCGCGAUUGGUGCUUCGAUUCGUACCUUUAUCUGUAAUUUAAGACCGGUGGUGAUCAUUGAUGCUACACACUUAAAGGGUGAAUUUAAAGGGACAUUAUUUUUAGCAGUCGGGAUGGAUGGAAACAACCAAAAUUUACCAAUUUCCUAUGGAAUAGGAAAAUCAGAGGAUGGUGAAUAUUGGACAUGGUUUAUGUCAAAGCUUAGAGAAUGUAUCGGUGAAAUACCUGACAUGGCGAUAAUAUCGGAUAGAGCGAAUUCUAUACACCUAGCUAUUAGAAACGUCUUUCCACAUGCUUAUCACGGGUUAUGCUGUCGUCAUUUAAUGAUGAACCUACGUUUACCGUCUGAUAAAAAAAAAGAAAAUAAGAAGCUGUGGUGGAAGACAUGCAAAUCUUACCGAUUAUCUGAUUUUAAUGAUUCAUUCAAUGCUCUUUGUCUUGUCGUUCCUAGAGUACGUCACACUCUAACAAGUAUUGGGUUCGGUAGAUGGGCAAGGGCGCAUUGUCCUGGCAAUCGAUAUCAUUAUAUGACAUCUAACAGUGCGGAGUCUAUGAACGCUUUAUCUAGACACUCGCGUAAAAUGUCGGUAACGCAACUCUUAGAGUUCUUCUGGCAAUCUGUACAGAAAUGGUUUUACGAUCGCCACUUGCAAGGUGAAACUGAUUGCAGUAAGUAUUGCUUCACGUGUUACUCAAACGAAGUCUAUAAAAAAACUUAUGAAGAAGCGAUUAAUCCUCUUCCUCAUAGAUCUGAAUGGGAGACUCCAGAAGACCUUAUCAAUCUUCAACCGCCGCAUAUGACAAAACGCCAGGCCGGUUGCCCUCAAGAAAACCACUGGAUCUUAUCCCGUGGGGAAGAACCUACUCCCCUGUAUUGUUCCCGGUGUAACUCAUACGGUCAUCAUCGGGAUGUCUGUCGGCAGCCUAUGCCGUCAGAAAUUCGUACUCGCAAAGGCCUAGACAAAGGGAAAGGGAAAGAAACCGAUGAUCCUGAUCAUUUUACACAAUCUCCGUCUAAUUAUAUGUUUCCGUCUUAUAACUUGGGAGACUUUUAA